UUCCACUUCACACACAGCAACAAAAAAGCUCUCUAAAAGCAAUCUUCUCGUUCUCCACGUUCAGGGUCUCUUUCUUGAUCUUUCUUCCGGUUCUUGAUCGUGUCAGAUAAGAAUAUAUAAGAAGAAAAAAAUUUAAAAAAAAAAUGGGAGGGAAUGGGAGCUCACCGUGCGCUUCGUGCAAGUUGCUUCGAAGAAGAUGCGCGGAAGACUGUAUAUUCGCGCCUUAUUUCCCGUCCGAUGAUCCCCACAAGUUCGCCAUCGUUCACAAGGUCUUCGGUGCUAGUAACGUCAGCAAAAUGUUGCAGGAGCUGCCGGUACACCAUAGAGCAGACACGGUGAAUAGCCUGGUCUAUGAAGCGGGGGCAAGAGUGAGGGACCCGGUUUAUGGCUGCGUUGGAGCAAUAUCGUACCUACAGAACCAAGUGCAACAACUUCAGAUGCAAUUAGCAGUGGCUCAAGCCGAGAUCCUAUGCAUCCAGAUGCAGCACGAGCCUCUCCUUCAUGCCCCAACGCUCCAUCUCCCGUCCGAAGACGACGACGAUAAAUCGUCGUUCCUCCUUCAUAACGAUUUCUCUCAUCACCACGACCUCGGAUUUUCUCCUUCGAGCCCUAGAGACAACAUUACCUUUCAGGGCUCUCUCAAGACUGAAGGCAUCUUCGGACACGAAAUGUUUUCCUAGGAUCAUUCGGUUUAAGUUAUAACCAUCCAUCCAUUUUGUCUCUUCCUUUUUCUUUUCCCGUCUCUCUGUUUGGGAAGAUCGUAUGCUCCAUGGAGAUGGGACAAAACGUUAGCGAGGCAUGCGUCCAAG